AUGGCCAGCAAUACAAGGUCCAAGACCGACUCUGACAAAAAACUGAAAAUACAAGAGCUGACAGAGACAGCGGCAUUGUUAGAGUUAGAGGGGCCUAGCCGCUCUGACUACAUCCGACAAAAGUUGGAUGAGUGGGAGAAGCGGGAAUUCGAGUUAGCAAUAGAGAGGGAGAAAAACGAAAGUGAUAGACUCAAAAAUGAGUACGAAUUAGCUAGAGAUAAAGGGAAGUAUGAGCACGAGUUAGCCAUGGAGCGGGAGAGACAGGCGACUGAAAGAGCUAAAAUAGCUCAAGAGAAUGAGACGGCUCGCACAGUCGCUGAUUCUCAGCCUGCUAGCCCAGCCUCCAGCCAAGGGUCCUCAAAUAACUCACCCAACAUCCCCUUCGAGCCCUUCGAUGAGAAGAGCGAAAGUGUUGAAGUUUAUUUAACACGAUUCGAAGAGGUGGCACGCUAUUAUAGCUUGCCCAAGGAUAGGUGGUGUUUCAGGCUAGCUCAAUGCCUUAGAGGCAAGGCUUACGAGGCUUACACAAAGCUCCCCUCAUACCAAAGGGAGGACUUUGAAGCCCUAAAAGAGGCACUAUUGGUUCAAUUCGAGCUAACCUCUGAUUCAUACCAUAAGAAGUUUCGAGGGUCCCGCCUUGAGCGCAAAGAAACGUAUGUCAAUCUUUGCGACAGGCUGGACAAAUACCUCGGAAAAUGGCUAGCCCUAAGCAAAAUGCCCGAAACGUUUGAAGGUCUUAGAAACCUUAUUCUGGCUGAGCAGCUUCGAGACUGCCUAACGCAGGAAACUCGAAUAUAUGUCAAUGAGCAACAGGUGAUUGACCCUUCUGACAUUGCAAUUGCUGCAGACCGAUAUUUAGCUGCCAGACGUGACACUAAGACAAAGACGGAAGACUCAAAGCCCCAAGCAAGCACAAAUAGAGCUAACUCCCACCAAGGGAAAAACAACCCACCCAACCACAAAAACAACCAGGCCGUUCAUCCUCGCCCCAAUACCCCGAACCCUGCUAAUUAUAGAUCUUCUCACCCGCCUCCUAAACAAUGGUGUAAUUUCCAUAAAAUUAACUCGCACGACACUAAAGACUGUCGGAGCAGAGGUAAGCCCACCCAUACUCUAAAUAGUAUACGCAAUCCUGCACCGAGUGAUGCUGAAGCCCUCGUCUUGGCCGCAGUAACCGCUCAGUCAGGUGAGUCUCCUCAUCCCCCAAGUGUCGAAAAGGCGCUGGUCAACGGGAGAGCUGUGACUUGUCUCAACGACACAGGUUGCUUGGUGGAAGCUGUAGUUCGGGAGUCAUUGGUAAGCCCGAGUGACUACAUCGAUGAGACUACCCAAAUCCAAACAGUUGAUUUGGAGAGUCCGCCCAAGACUCUACCUAUGGCUCUCAUAAAUGUAGAGUCAAAAUAUGUCCGCGGUCGCAUCAAAGCGAUUGUGAUGAAAUCCCCAGCCUAUGAUCUCAUAUUAGGCUGCCGAUACGUGUUUCUAGGAACACCACCAUACCCCAGCGUCUCUGCACCUGUUCUCACCAGAUCACAGAUACAAGUGGAAGAAUCUGACUCCCUCAAAGUCAAUACCAUUCCCACUGAGAUUAGGGAAGCUCAGAAGCAAGACCCCUCGCUUCAAAAAUAUCUUAGGUUCGCCCAAGAAGGUGAACCCGCCCUUGGCAAGGUACAAUUCUUCUUUAAAACAGGGCUACUAUAUCGACGAGGUAAAGAACCAGAUGCCUGCAACCAGCUGGUUGUGCCCAAACCAUACAGGGAGCAGGUUAUGCAAACAGGUCAUGCCUCCUCUUUAAGUGCCCAUCAAGGUCAGAGCUCGACCCUCAACAGGAUCCGAUUCCAUUACUUCUGGCCUGGCAUGACCGAAAACAUCAAACGAUAUGUCGCCUCAUGUCCACAGUGCCAAAAGUUGUCACCAAAGAAUCGCAUUCCGCCCGUUCCUCUGGGAAAAACCCCUUUGAUCGAAACUCCGUUUAAACGAGUAUCUGUAGACAUACUUGGUCCUCUACCCCGCACGAAGAAAAGAAACGCCUACAUUCUUUGUGUCAUAUGUCAAGCAUCAAGAUGGCCAGAGGCCGCCCCUUUGUGA